CAAAGCAAUGGAAAGCAGGGACGAGACACGGCGGGUAACGGCUGCGAGAGGAGUGAUGGCCGUGUAGUAAAAGGUUCUUGUGUGUGAUUAUGUUGCUGCGAUGGCUAGCUCAUGUGGCGUGCUUGUUUGCAUCCAGCAGUUUUUUUAGAGCCGGUGGAUCCGGGAGCCGGGUUCAGCGCCGCCCCCUCACCCAGGCUUUUGCCUUUUCGCUGUAUAUAAGAUAUCAAUCCGGGUCAAUGAAGUUGGAUGCGUUGUGGCUUCAAAACGCUUCGGCAUUUGACAGUUGGUGAUACCGUCUGGUGUGGACCUGGCCUCCCGAUCGUGCGACUGCGAUGGGACAAAUGGGGCCUCGCCCGUGAUGGCGGUGACAACGUCCUUGUGGCACUGAAUAGUUCCCCUUUCUCAUCCACCCAGAAACACUGGUUGCCAGCCUUCAGCUCUAGCUCCGCAUUGUGCACCGAAAAAGCGGGGAGAACGCAUGCCUGCCUGUCGGCUAUCGCUUGUCGAAUGAUGAUUUGUCCAGAUAAAGGUACGUCUCGUCACGUCCUGCUGUCGCGCCCGGAGAAAUCCGCAUUGCGUGACACAGACAGUUUUGGCCGAUGGCGCACUAGGUGGCGGGCUGAUAGGCAUGUAAUGGCCUUUUCGGCCCAGGAAUCUGGUUGUUGGGACUCGGUAAUCGCUGUCUCGCCGAUCCAAAACUGCUUCCUCGACACGAGGCCAACACCCGGCAUACCAAACGGUAGGGCCGAUGUUUUUCAGGGGUUCCAAGAGUUCGGUUUGGCGCGGCGCCAAGCAGUUGCCGGCGGCGUUCCCCGUUUCUUCCACGUCCGCUUCGUUGACCGACGUUGGCCAGCAAUUUCGGCUAGCAUCUUGACCGUGGGAAAAUGGAAUAGAAAAAACUGUAAAGGGGAAAUGGAAGUUUGGGCGAGAUGGAGUCCGAUUAAAUUCGGGUGCAGGCAUAGGUGAAAAGGAGCUGGACGGGAAGUUCCACUGCACAGCGAAACGGAAAUCACGUCACAACCCAAAACCCCUGACAGCGGCAAAACGUAUCCGAACCGGUCCGCUGCGUCAUUACCCCGACGAAUUAGCCUCAACUGUCGAAGUCAUCAACCCAGAUCCCAGGAUGAAAGUCAUUGUCACAGGAUCCACCGGCCUGGUCGGCAGCAGUUUGGUGCGCCAGUGCAUCG